CUCGCACCCACCCACCCACCGCACAGCCCAGCCCCGCUCUGAGGGCAGGCGGAGCGCCGCGCACACCUCACCGCCAACGCGGGGCAUGGAGACACAGAUCCAGCUGUGCGUCAGCUGCGGCGCCCACACACAGACUUUCCUGGUGUGCGGCUCGGCGGCGACGACGACGUGGGCCGACCUGGAGGCGAUGAUAAAAGUGUCAUUUGAUCUCAACCAUGUUCAAGUGAAGUACUUUGAUGAAGAUAAUGAAGAGGUAUCUGUUAACAGUGCAGAGGAAUAUGAAGAACUUUUAAAGAGUGCAGUUAAACAAGGAAAGCAGAUUCAAAUGAAUGCCUACGAAAUAAAACUGGAUAAAAUGGAGAAUCACAGCACAAAGAGAACAUUUGAAAAUAACGAGUUGAAGGGGUCUCAGAAUAAGAAAAUUAAGAAAAAGGAAAUGAAACAUUCACAAUUAAUAAAAAUCAUUGGCCCUGAGAUGAAGGUUUCGCAAGAAAUUAAAAGAAAGGUAAUGCCCAAAGAUGCAAAUCAACCCAAGCAAAAUUGGCAGCUGCCUCCAGUUUGGUUUACAGAAUACAUGGAAAUGUUCAAAGAAACUUUUGUGAGAGAAACUGUUGAACGGAUCUGUUGUGAUUUCUUUGAGAAAGUAAACAUUCAGCAGCGGGAGUGUGACUCUUCCAGUGACCAGACAGCAUACCCUAUCCAAGUUUCUGAAGUGCACACAACACAGAUUAAUGGCUACGAUUGGCUCAUGACUUGCUGCAACUGCCAAUCUCGAAUUCUUGGAAUACGCUACCAGUGCAGCAUUUGUCCUACUUACACCAUUUGUGACUCGUGUGAAGCUGGUGACUACCGGCAUGAUCCUAAUCAUGGAUUGUUGAAAUUGAGAAAAGCUGUGGCAUCAACUGAGAUCACACCUGCACAGUUUGGAAACUCUAUCCCUAAUGCAGCAGAGCAAACAAGGUUGCAGAAGCAAAUAGAUAAAACCUUUCUGAAAGCUGAAAAGCAGAGACUGCGAGCUGAGAAGAGACAACGCAAAGCAGAGUUUAAGGAGAUUAAAAAACAGCUAAAACUGCAGAAAAAGCAUCUGCAGUGGAAUGGUGUACAUGUCAUGGAACUUGUAAGUCAACCCCCACAAGAUUCCAAGGGACUCAAGCAUGCUUCUGCAACGCCUGUAAUGUCAACAUUGAAUGCUGAAUUUGUAGAUGAGAAUUUUCCUGAUGGCAGUCAUCUUCGGUCGCGAAUCAAGUUUAUCAAGCACUGGCGAAUGAAGAACACUGGCAAUGCUAAUUGGACAUCUGCCACAAAACUCCAGUUUAUGUGGGGAAACCUCACUCUGGCUUUCUCUGCAAAAAAAGAAGUAUCGGUUCCAUUCCUACAGCCAGGGGAGAUUGGCGUUGUUUCAGUGGAGUUUGUUGCACCAGAGUUUGAAGGAAUUUACACUUCUCAUUGGCGCUUGGCUCAUAAAGGGGAACAAUUUGGACCUCGAGUGUGGUGCAGCAUUGUUAUUGACUCUCCAUUAUCUGCUGAAGCGCCACAUAUGACCUCGGAUAUGAACGCAAACUCCCUUUAUGGCUCCAAGACAAGAUUUACUAAAAAUCGGGACGGACUUCCUUUGGCUGCACAGACUGAUGAUCAACCUGAGCCAGAAGAAGAAUUCACUGAAAUAAAAAAUACAUUUAGGACAGCAGACACUGGAAAUGAUGCAGUUGUGUUGGGUGAAGAAGCGGAGUCAGCUAAAACGACAACGCUACCAUUGCCUAGACUUCAACAUAAAGUCCAGAGAAGGGAAUUUUACACAUUGCCAUCUGUAGACCUCCUGACUGCACAGGACCUGCUUUCAUUUGAACUCUUGGAUAUAAAUAUAGUGCAGGAAAUGGAACAUGUACCGAACAACACCCCAGUUGAUAUGACCCCGUGCAUGUCACCUUUACCCUAUGACGGUCCACUGAUUGAGAGGCCUGGUCUUGUUCAGAUUGAAGAGGAAAAUGAAGCUACCUUUAGAUCACGGUUAGAUCAUCCUCAUUUAGAGGACGGCGAUGAGGACAUCAGUGGGACUCAGUUUGUUUGUGAGACGGUUAUUCGUUCUCUAGCUUUAGAUGAGGCUCCUGAUUUGUUGCCACGCCGUAGGAGUAAACCAGUCAGCGCUUUCCAGGAAACGCAAGAAAUCUCCAGCACUGAUAUUAGUAGCAGUGAAUGGAAAACUGACGAAAGCGCUAUGACAACAGUUAUUGCAAUGGGGCAGACAAAACUUUGCACAGAGGAGGCACAGGAGAAAGAUAACAUUGAAACUAAUGCAACUGAUGGUAUCGAUGAGUGCUUUGAAGAAAAGUAUGAAAUAGAAAGCCAGGGGUCCUCUGACUGUUCGGAGGAUUACAUUAUCAUUUUACCCGAGUGUUUUGAUACCAGUCGCCCUCUGGGUGAAUCGAUGUAUAGUUCUGCCCUUUCCCAGCCUGAAGAAAUGAUGGAGGAGGAGGAGGAGGAGAUAGAAGUGGUAUCUGAUUUUGAAAUCUCGGAGAGUGAAAACCCUGUCUGUGAAAAUAAGCCUCAGUCACAUAACAUUAAUGAUAUAUUGUGUAUAUCUCAGACACUGGAAAUGGAGCUCCUUAAGCCAGAGGUCGUGUCUGCUCCAUUGCACCAACAAAGGAAUGAUGGUGCAACUAUAAAUUCACACGAGCUUUACCCUGAUGUGCCGGAAAUACUUGAGGCAGAGAAUCCUCCAGUUAAUUCACCUGUUAUUCAACAACAAAAUGUGUCCACGAUUUUGGAAGUGGAAUGUGCAGAGGUACCAAGGAUCAUGAAUAACAAACCACUCCAGUGCCCGCAUUUAAGACACCAUAGUGGCAUUGCUGGUGAGCUAGUGAAGGGAGCCCUGUCUGUGGCGGCUUCUGCCUAUAAAGCCCUUUUUGCAGGCGACGCCAAUGUGGUACAGGCUGAAGCAGCGGAGAAUCACACAGCACCCUUGAUGGAUAUUCUUUUUGAAAUGGGAUUUUGUGACAGACAGCUCAAUAUGAAACUCUUCAAAAAGCAUAGCAACAAUCUCAUUGAAGUUGUCAACGAACUUCUUGUCAUCUAUGAGAAUGACUGGUACGCUGGGCGCCACUGAAUGAACAUGGGAUACAUGGACUGCCACUCAGUUAAUAUGGACCUCUUGCGUGUGCUAAAAAAAAAUUGUGCACAAUAGCUGUAACUGAGGACGAUUCGAUAAUCUGUGAAUUAAUUUUCAGUAAUAUGUUUCAUUGAAUUAACAUUGAGUUAAGUUAAUAUUUGGGAAAAUGUGUUUCUCCGGUCCAUAUUAAUCCAUAUUUUAGAUUAUGUGGGUUUAUAUAGUGUAAAAAAAUACGUGGAUUAACAACAAAUCCUAAAGAAAAGGGGAUCAAGAUGUGUCUGGAUCUGUUUGAUAAGUUUUGGAAAUAUCACAUUGCUGCUGAUAUCUUCGUGACUUACACUACACAAGGCAUCAAGCAUCACAAUAUAUUUUGAGAUAUAAUAAUCCAUGAUGAGGAUUCUGUAUGAUGGAACACUACAGUGAACCUAUAUCAAUACAAUGAGUAUACCAUAAGCGGCUCAAUAUCAGGAAUAUGAUUCUUUUAUAUUGAUAUUUGCAAGGAAGGACAUUAUAGUAGUAUGUUGUACUUAAGAGACAAUUGAAUCUUUAUUUUCUGCUUGGAAGUAAAACAAACCUAUUUCUUCAAUUUGAUUAUAUAAUCAGAUACUUAAUAUGAUUGGAACCUGCAGCAACAGAUUGCUGCUAGACAAACCUUUGACAGGUCUUGUGUUGGAAAUGUAAUACUGGAUCGUGAAAAGUAGAAUGUUUGUCAAUGUGUGAGGUUGGUUUUUGUGCUAGUUUGUCCUUCAGCAGCCAAAUUGUUCACAGCAGAAAAUGAAAUAUUGUAAUCAGUUGGCAGUAGGACAAACUUAAUUUAAUGCUUUGUUUUGCUGAAGUAAAAGCAUGACAUUUUCUUAGACUUCAUUUACAUUUUCUUCUUAUAAAUCCUGUAUUGGAAUUUGUAUGUUUUGAAAUGAUCGCUGUGGCAUUUGUUGGCAGCCUCAGUGCUUUGACCGAUUUGGUGUUCCAGUAGGAUAGAUUCAGCUGCGUUGUAAAGUUAAUAUUUUUGUAGAGCCCUGCCUAUGUUUAAUGUCCAGUCAGCUGCUCAAACCAAUGCUUGGAUUGAAAUCUACUUGAUUGGGCGCUGAAGCUAUGUGACAUCUUUAUUUUAAUUCAUUUUAUUCCUUUGUGGGCUGGGAUAGAUUAAUAAUUACAUAUUCAGCAGCAGAAUUCCAAAUUUAAAGAGCUAGAAUUUGCAUUUGCUGUAAUUCUCCUGGCGAUACUGACAUACAUCAACUAAAACUUUUUAUUUGCAAUGUGGGAGCAUUGGCACCACCUUUUAGAUGUUUUCUAGUUAAAUGUUUCUCAAAAUAUUUUCAGCUUGUGCAAGUUUUGACGAGGAAUUGUAAUGGUUGCUAAUGGAUUCAAGCUAUUUGCUAACUGGCCAUGGAGCCUUAUUUCAACUGUUUAACAAUUAUAUUAAUGGAACAUUAAUCUUAAAACAUAUGAACUUGUUCUUCUUAGCCAGAUGCUCAAUAUAGAGAAUGAUUUGUUUCCAUUCUAGUUCUGAGGAGCAGGAAAUAUCUGAGUGAAUCCUUUUAAUCUGAUGCACCACAGACUUCAGGGUGAGGUCUUGUUCCAAUGACAAGAUCCAAGACAAUUGAAAAUUAUCCUACCCUGCACAUGUGCAUGCAUUUGCCUCAUCUUUUUACCAGCCCACCUUCCAUCCUAGCCCCUUCCUUUACCCAUGCUAACAUUAUUUCAGUGUGCUGGAUGUGCCAUUAAACCUAACCCCCAAUUGGUCUCCCUGAACCUAUUCUCUCUCGCCUCCCCAUUAACUGCACUUUCUCCCCCACCCAUUUACAUGUUAAUUUACGGUAGCCAAUUAACUGACCACUAAUUGUGUUUUUUCAAUGUGGGAGGCAACCGGAGCACCUAGGAGGAAACUUACAUGGAAAAUAAAUCUAUGAUGUCUUCAUCCUUCUUUAUCUUGCUCUACCUUCCCCUCCCUGCAUUAUAGCUGUCAGAUGCUUACUCUCCCAUGAUGACUCUGACCGACCCUCUCACCAUGAAAUCACCAGCCUAGCGCCCAACUCCUGGGAGAGGACCACACUAUUCCUCUGUGCCUCUUUCUGUGCUUUCCCUAUCUCUUAAAGUUGUAUAUUUUGGAUUAUUUAAUUCCCAAUCUUGUUCAGCUUGCAACGACGUCUCUGUAACUGCUAUGACAUGGACUUUACAUAUUGUUUAUUCCUUUAAUUCACUUAUCUCGUUACAAAUGCCAUAUUGUCAUAACUUAACCUUAGCUUUGGUAUCAUUCUGCUAAAUCUUUGUUCUGCCCAGUCCAAGUACAGACUGGGCAGAGCAAUUGGACACCAAAGCCCCAUGGUAUCAGUGCAUAGAAAGAUUAAUGACUUUCUGCACACUUCUACACUUCAAUGCAGGAUGACAAAAUAGCUUUUUUUUUUAACACUACAAAAUUCUAUUUUGAUCUUCAGGGCAACCACUUCCAGUGCAUUUCCAUAAGUUCGGAUGAUUAGUUUCAACGAUAAGGUUGACCCGCUCCCCAUCUCCAGCCAUCUAUUUGGUAGUAGGUGGGUUUCACUUCCCCGGUCCUCUGCUCAAACAAAGCCUCACGGAAUGUGCCCAUGUACUUAUUUUCAUUAUCUUCAUCAGAGCAGAAAAAUAUACUAACAUAUGCCUACAUAUUUGUAGGGUAGAUUGUAGAAUUUCAUUAUAGAUCAUAGACACAGAAAGAUGACCUAGAGGACGUGAUCACGUGUUGUGUCGUUUCCAUCAAAUGUCAUCAGUAAAAUUGGCUAGAGUUCUGCCCUUACACAUGCUGUUAGCUGUCUGACUGAUAAAGAUUAUAUAGUAUUACUUAUUACACUUCACAUCUUGACAAUAUCUACAACUAAUAUGCAAGAAUAGAAAAUUGAGCAUCCACAAAUUUUUUGAGUACUUCUAGGUGUGUAUUUUGAAUGAACUGUUUGGUUUCAGUCAAGAACAAUACUUUAAAUGCAAAAUAAUUGGUCUGCACAAUGAAUUAAUCCUCUGAAGCCGUCUGCUGCGAGUUGUACAACACGGAGGAACACUAAUGAAGAACAACCAUGCAACUGUUCCAUUGCUGUGGGAAUUUCCAUUGCAACAGUGUGAAAAGUGAUGUUCCCAUUUAUGUUUUUUUAAGAAGCUUAAUGGCUUUAAGCUUUUCUUAUAGAAGAUUCUACAAGAGAUUCAAGAAAAUUAGUAUGAACUCUGGUUUCUAGUAAGAAAUAUAGAUUACUUAAAAAUGGAAUUAGAUGAGUGGUAAUGCAACCAAUCUGCUCUUUGGUCAUGAAUAACCCAAUCAUCUUAUUGUUCCCUUUCUCUCAUUCUCUUCCACUUCCCCCAACCAAUCGGUUUCUAAAAUUCUACACUUACUGAACUGAUACCUCAAUGAUUGAGUCAAUUUGUCAAGGAUAGACAUUGCUGGAUUCGUUCAUGGAUUUUAAAAUGAAGAUAGUGUGCGGGAUAUUGAAGGGUUGUCCUCAUUUUGGAUUAACAAGUACUUUAACCUAUUGGAAAUGUAGAUGGCCAUCUUCUCAAUUAAAGAAAGUUACAAUAUAAAACA